UAACCUGAAAGCACAGGCGCUGAUGUACGCGGGUGUUACACAGUGACACGUACACCCGUUGGUCUGUACAGAUAUAUAAAUCCCAGGCAUUGUAUUGGCAGAACCCGCAUGUAUGAGACAAGUGCCAAACGGACACGUAUUUAUCUCUGCGUGUGUUAGGACAGGCUUUGGGAUAUGGGUUAUGUGUUUAAGGCUUCGGUGCCGGCCCUGCCGCAGGAACACACGGGCUGUGCGUGGGCGAGCGCUUGCUCUGUCCGUGGGGAUGUCCACGCACGAACAGAGAUUCCGAGGAGCGUGAGAAGGGGCGGUGCGGGGCUCGGAGGAGGUCCGGGGAGCUCGAGGGCGGUGCGGGAUUUAUCGGGGGCGGUGCGGGACCCUCGGGGGCGAUGCAGGGUGCUCGGGGGAGGUCCGGGGUGCUCGGGGGCGGUGCGGGAUUCAUCGGGGGAGGUCCGUGGUGCUCGAGGGCAGUGGGGGCUCGGGGCGGUGCGGGACCCAUCGGGAGCGGUGCGGGACCCAUCGGGAGCGGUGCGGGACCCAUCGGGAGCGGUGCGGGGAGCUCGGGGGAGGUCCGGGGUGCUAGGGGCGGUGCGGGACCCAUCGGGGGCGGUGCGGGGAGCUCGGGGGAGGUCCGGGGUGCUAGGGGCGGUGCGGGACCCAUCGGGGGCGGUACAGAGUGCUCGGGGGAGGUCCGGGGUGCUAGGGGCGGUGCAGCUCGGCCAUGGCGGAGCCGGUGGAUCCCGGUUCGUGCCCGCUGCUGGCCGCCGCUCGCCGGGCGCACGAAGCGGCUUUCGGGGGUGCGGCGGUGCUGGCGGCGUGGGCCCCGGGCCGGGUGAACCUCAUCGGAGAGCACACCGACUACAACGGCGGCUUCGUGCUGCCCAUGGUGGUCCCGUGCCAGGCUUCAGCGCUGUCAUGGCCAGUGACAUCCCCCUGGGCGGGGGCCUCUCCAGCUCGGCUGCUCUGGAGGUGGCCACCUACACCUUCCUGCAGCAGCUCUGCCCUGAUGACGGGGAUUUGGUAGCCAAGGCUCUGGCAUGCCAGAAAGCAGAGCACGAGUUUGCUGGGAUGCCCUGCGGGAUCAUGGACCAGCUCAUAUCUGUGAUGGGCAAGGAAGGGCACGCGCUGCUCAUCGACUGCAGGUCCCUGGAGACGGUCCCGGUGCCGCUGAGCGAUGCCAGCCUGGCCGUGCUCAUCGCCAACUCCAACGUGCGGCACACGCUGGCGGGCAGCGAGUACCCGGCGCGCCGGCGCCAGUGCCAGGAGGCAGCGGCGGCUCUCGGCAAGGCCAGCCUCAGGGAUGCCACCCUGGCCGAGCUGGAAGAGGCCAGGGCCCGGCUGGGGGAGGAGGUGUUCCGGCGGGCCAGGCACGUCAUCGGCGAGAUAGCGCGGACAGCACAGGCAGCACAGGCACUGCAGCACAGGGACUACAGGACCUUCGGGAGGCUGAUGGUGGAGAGCCACAACUCCCUCAGGGAUGACUUUGAGGUGAGCUGCCCGGAGCUGGACGAGCUGGUGGCAGCAGCCCUGGAGGUGGACGGGGUUUAUGGCAGCAGGAUGACCGGGGGAGGCUUUGGAGGCUGCACGGUGACGCUGCUGGAAGCUGGGGCUGCAGAGAGAGCCCAGCAGCACAUCCAGGAGAAAUACAGCGGCACAGCCACCUUCUACCUCACCAAGCCCUCGGGAGGGGCAAAGGCUCUGCCCCUGUAGAGGAGUGACCACCUCACCUGGGCACCUUGGGCUGCUAUUGCCUCCCUCCCCAAGGCUUUCCCAAGGGGAUCAGUUUGUCCAUCUGCAUUAUUUGCCUAAUAAAAGCAAAACAUUUGCACAGUU